CAAGGGUCUGUUUGAUAAUUAACCAAUAAUUGAUUUUUUUUUAUUUUUUUUUUAUUUUUUUUUCUGAAGAACCCUCUUUUGAAUUCUUGAAGUUGGUAGCUUUUUCUGCAGAAGAAGAGGGUUUUGUUUCGAUUGAAAGGAGAAUUAUGGGUUUCUUCUCAAUGUUUUGUUGUGUUAAGGGUUCAGAUCGGAAAAAACAAGGGAAAAAGGAUCCAGAGUGGAGGAUAUUCUCUCUCAAGGAGUUGCAAUUAGCUACGAAUAAUUUUAACUACGAUAACAAGCUCGGCGAAGGUGGAUUCGGCAGCGUUUAUUGGGGUCAAUCGUGGGAUGGUUCUCAAAUAGCGGUGAAGAGGCUAAAAUCGUGGAGCAACAAAGCAGAUAUGGAGUUCUCAAUCGAAGUGGAGAUACUUGCUCGUGUUCGGCACAAGAAUUUGCUGACUCUACGCGGGUAUUGCGCGGAGGGGCAAGAACGUCUUAUCGUAUACGACUACAUGAAUAAUCUCAGCUUGCUAUCUCAUCUCCACGGGCAGCACGCGGCCGAGUGUCAUCUCGACUGGAGCAGGAGAAUGAACAUUGCUAUUGGGGCCGCUGAGGGCAUUGUCUAUCUGCACAACCACGCAACCCCACACAUAAUCCACCGAGACAUCAAAGCCAGCAACGUGUUGCUCGACAGUGAAUUCAAAGCUCAAGUUGCCGAUUUCGGAUUCGCCAAAUUAAUACCCGAUGGCGCGACACAUGUCACCACCAGAGUGAAGGGCACACUCGGGUAUCUCGCACCGGAGUACGCCAUGUUGGGAAAAGCAUCGGAGAGCUGCGAUGUGUACAGCUUCGGUAUUCUCCUGCUCGAGCUCGCUAGUGGGAGGAAGCCAUUGGAGAAGCUCGGCUCCACCAUGAAACGCACUAUAACUGAGUGGGCCCUACCUUUGGCCCGUGAGAGGAAGUUCGAUGAAAUUGCUGAUAAGAAGAUGAACGGGAGUUACGUGGUGGAGGAGUUGAAGAGGGUUGUGUUUGUCGGGCUCGUUUGUGCAGAUAAUCGGCCCGAGAAGAGACCGACGAUUCUUGAAGUGGUUGCAAUGUUGAAGGGGGAUAAAGAGAAGCUUGCGGCUUUGGAAAACGACGAGUUGUUUAAGAGGGAUUCGGUUGUGGAUUCGAGCGUCGAGGAUAGCUCGGAGUUUGUUUCGGUUGAUAAGGAGGUGGUGGAACGUGAUAUUUGAAACGUUCGUUGCUAGUGUUUGCGGUGGAUUGGCUUCGGCAUUUUCGGCGUUUCGGCAUUUUUUUUUUCUUUUUAUCUUUUUUUUUUUAUCCUUGAUCACAAGAUGGUGAGUGGGGUGUUUAUAAAUGGGAGGUUUGGGUUUUGCUUUUACAUGUUAUUUAUGCAUAUGUGGUGUGAUUGCUUUCGAC